AUGCAACACAGUACUGGCAGUGUGAAGAGAUUGGGUGCAAAACCAACAUGCUUCUGUGGUCAGAAUGCAGUGUUUCGAAUUGCCCGAACACCUAAGAACAAGGGGAAAAAAUUUUGGGGGUGUCCUAACUUCAAGGGUGGGAAUGACGAAUUGGUUGGGUGCAACUUCUUUGAGUGGUGCUUGGAAGAAGGAAAUCAAGGAGUGGUAGAAGAAAGGAGUGCUAUUGCACGAGCUGAAGAAGUGGGUUUGAUGAGUAUGGAAGAAAGUUAUCUUGAAAAGAUGAGAAUGGCUUCUAUGGAGAAAACCUUACUUAGGUUGGAAAAGUGGUUUAAAAUCUUAGUGGGGAUGAUGUUUGUGAACUUUAUUUUCAAUUUAAUUUUAGUGUCACUGUUGCUGAAAGUUGGGUGAAAGUUGUAUUAGUGGGGAUGUUUGUAUUUCAGUGGUUUUUCAUUUUAGUAAUGUGGUAUGAAGCUUUUGAUUGCUUAAG